AAGAGCCAGCGUAAAAUUGCUUCCUCGCAAUGAAAUGCCGUCAUUGGAGCCCCACUAUUGGCCUCUGUUGCAUCUACGGAUACCUACAUACCGACAUACGCACAAUACAGCAAUAUUUAACGCCGAUAUCUUCGUUUGGUUGUUCGGGCGGCCGAUUUUCAACCUGCCCGAGUCCGUAUUUAUGACGGUUCCUCGAUUCCAUGGACCAGCACGCAGGCACCCAGGACGGCGACCCAGCGGAUCCAGAUGACAAACAAUUCUCGGGUAUCGUGGCCAUCUCUCCAAAGGGCGAUGUCAUACUCGAUGUUGUAUUUGAUACCUCGAGGGAGACGCUCAAAUCUGCGAGGAAGUCUGCACAGAUCCGGCCAGGUCAGGUCAGACAUGCCAUCAAGGCCAAGGCCCGCGUGGGAUUUAGAGUCGAGCUUGCGAUUCUGAAGAAGCACUCGAAAUACUUCGAGAACUUGCUCUCAGACUCUCGCUUUCGGGAGGCAAAGUCAAUCGCCGAUGCUUUCGCAAAGCUAUCUUUACGGAAUGUAAGGCCUGAAGACGCCGGCAUGGACGACUUGCCCUGGGUGGAGAUCAUCGAUGAUGACGAGGCAACCCGAUCUCUGGGCCGAGAGUCCGCGUUCGGUGAUCUUAUGCGGAUAUUGCAUGGAAAGGAGACGACCACCAAGCCCCCAACCAUGUCUUAUGUCGCCAUCUUGGCCGUGCUGGCCGACAGGUUCGACUGUGCAGCUCCCGUCUCGCGGUAUCUGAACAUGGGGUUGAAAUUUAAAUGGCCCUCGACCCACCUCCGAGCCUCGAGAGACGACCGCGAGGGUCCAAGUCAGAGUCUAACUUCCGCCUCGGAGGAACAGCUUCGGCAAAAGAUUCUUGCCUCCUGGCUGCUGGACCAGCCGACCAAGAUGUUCGUGGCGACCCGUGAGCUUAUCAUGUAUGGAUCCAGCCGGUGGAGUCCCUAUCCAGAAUACGAGACGAACGGUGCCACCUGGUGGGAUCUCUCGGACCAUCUUGAGAAGGAGCUCCAGUACAGGCGCGAGUGCAUAUUGAACACCAUCGCCUCCACACUGCAGCACUUUCUCCGUCUGUAUACGUCUCGGAACAGGCAAUGUAAGCUCGGCUACGAUUCCAGCGCCGCCUGCGAUUCAUAUCAGCUUGGCGAGAUGAUCAAAUUCCUGACGAGCAGGCAUCUCCUGUAUCUCGUCGACUUCUCUCCUGCAUCGGUUGACUGGGUUCCAGACUCGGCCCUUGUAGACAUCAGCCACAUCCUAGCGACCUUGAAAAAGUGCCCGAGUUACCAGAUCGACAAGAAUCACACCAACUGCGGGCUUCGCACACGGAUCCUGCCCAUUGCGGAAUAUAUCCAAACCAUGCUGUCAUCAAACGUCGUCGCCAUCUCAAGGGCUGCGUGGAAGAAGGAUCGAGCCUCUACCUCAUGGAUCCCGACGCAGGAAGACCAAAUAGGCCGUGACGGAGGCGAAGGAGCUUUCCGUUUUACUCGCUCGGCUGCUGGCGAUCAGAGGCUUCGGUAUGAAGGAGCAAUGGCAGCUGACCGACUAGCAAGACAGCUGUUCACGGCGAGGAGUUGGGAUUGGACUCCGGAGGACUGAGAUGCUUACAGGCACACCAUUUAUUUAACAACGGCGCAGAUCCACAAGCGCGCUCGCACACAUGCACACACAUAUACACAUCAUAUUCGUUUGGCCCUCUGAUAGCGAGCAAGCAGUGCUGAACGUGUCUCAUUCUCCGGGUA